AUGGCACUCAACAAUCAGGAAAAGAUCAUCUUGGAGAGACAGAUUAAUGGCCUUGCGGCCCAGCGACCGGGAAAAGGAAGCCUCUUGAGCUAUUCAACAACGCUCGACAAGGUCAUUCUUCUCAUUAGCUUCACCUGUGCUAUACUCGGCGGCAUAUUGAAUCCCCUGAUAGCGGUCAUUUACGGCCAAACCGUGGGAAUCUUUGGCAGCUAUUCAGGCUCUUCUCUCUCCCAUGCCGACGCGCGACGCCAAAUCGUCACCUAUUCACUCUACUGGGUCUAUCUGUCGGUGGCGAUUUUUGUCCUCAUCUAUACAGCCACGGUCGGCUUCUACUACGUCGGGGAGCGCACAGCACGAGCUCUGCGCAAUGCCUAUCUCAAGUCCAUCAUCCGGCAAAACAUGGCCUUUUUCGACACCCACGAGCCCGGGCAAGUCUCGACGCGCAUCAUGUCCGACAUGACGCACGUGCAGGAGGGCAUCACGAGCAAGCUGUCCAUUGCCGUGACCGCCAUGGCCUGCUUCUCGUCCUCGUUUGUGAUUGCCCUCAUUGUCCACUGGAAGACGGCGCUGGUGCUGAGCCCGGCGUUUGUCAUCAUGACGCUCGUCGGGUCCCUCGCUGGUGCGCGCAUCGUCAAGUACCACAAGGAGGCCAAACUCGCGAAUGAAAAGGCGUCUAGCCUAGCCCAGGAAGCCAUUGCCUCGGUGCGGCACGUCUACGCUCUUGGGAUCCAGCGCCAUCUCGCCGAAAGAUACCAGUCCUUCUUGGACAACGCGGGAAAACAUAAUCGCAAGGCGCUGUAUAUCAUGUCCGUGGUAAUUGCCUGGUCGCAGGCAGUCCCUCCUCUGGUGCACGCGCUGACGUUCUGGGCUGGUUCGCAGUUUCUCGUGCAAGGGAACAUGACGGUGGGACAGAUUACCACCAUUGCUCUCGUUGUCGUGAUAGGCGUCUUUGCCAUUGUGCGGAUAUCACCGGCCGCCCAGGCGUUGGCCAACACCGUCUCCAGCGCCAGUGUGAUCCUGGGCGAAAUGGCCCGCCGCUCGCCCCAGGACCCGUUUGACGCUUCUGGUGGGACCGUGGAUGACUUUCGAGGAAGCGUCGAGCUUUGCGGAGUCAAUCUCGUAUAUCCCAAGAGGCCCGAUGCUAGGGUGAUGAAGGAUGUGUCCUUUCGCUGUCCCGCCCUCAAGACGACGGCAAUAGUAGGGGCUUCAGGUAGUGGCAAGAGCAGUAUUAUCAAUCUGCUACAGCGCUUCUAUGAGCCAACUGGUGGGCAGAUAUUGGUUGAUGGUGCCGAUAUUCAAUCAUUGAACAUUCGCUGGUUACGUAGUCAGAUGGGGCUGGUAAAACAACAACCAGUUUUAUUCGACACGACGAUAUUCGAAAACAUCACAUAUGAAUUGCUUAAUCAACAAGUCAUUGCUGUCGCAAAGAUGGCGAAUGCCCAUGACUUUAUAUCCGCCUUGCCGGACGGGUAUCAGACACGGGUGGGAGAAAAUGCGACACAACUGUCUGGGGGUCAAAAGCAGCGCAUCGCCAUCGCGCGGGCCUUGAUGCGAGAUCCAAAGAUCCUUUUGCUGGAUGAGGCCACCUCGGCUCUGGACACGGGGUCCGAGGCGGCGGUGCAAUUGGCGCUGAGCAAAGCGGCACAUGACCGAACCACAAUCGUCAUUGCCCAUCGCCUGAGCACUAUCCGCCAUGCAGACAAUAUUGUCGUCAUGUCCGAGGGUUGUGUUGUAGAACAAGGGACGCAUGCUAAUCUCAUCGCUCGCGACGGCCACUAUGCGCGUCUCGUCCAUGCUCAACAGGUUGAGGGCGAGCUUGGGGUCCAGGAUGACGAUCUUGAAGAUGAGAUUGCCACAGAGUCCGUGGUUGGCCCUAUUUUGGAAGACGAAGUGCUCCCCACCUCGAAAACAGAAUCUCGCGGGGAUCAACAUAUUCCGAUUGUUACUAUCACUGAAGAGAUUAAGCCAAAUGGUUGGGGCCUGGGCAAGACCUUGGCCCUCAUAAUUCAAUGGAACAAGGCCGAGCGCUGGAUGUUGUUGCUUGGACUGGUUUGCUCCAUAUUCGCCGGCUUAGCAUUGCCUGGUCAAUCAGUAGUCUUUGCAAAGGCUCUCGAUGUCUUGUCACUUACCGCUUCGGACUAUGGAACACUUCGUAGUCAGGUGAAUCUCCUUGCCGGUAUCUACUUAGUUGUGGCCUUUGUCACAUUUCUCCUCUGGGUCGGCGUUGGUCACGCGUGCGCCUACACCGCAGACAGACUGGCGCAAAGUGUUCGAAAUGGCUGUUUCCGAUCAAUCAUGUCGCAAGACGUCGAGUACUUUGACCAAAAAGCACACUCAACCGGAUCCCUCUUGUCCACCCUCUCCACCAGCAUAGACGCCCUCAUCGGCCUGAGCAGCCCCGUCAUGGGAGGUAGCUUGACAUUUAUCUGCACCAUACUCGGUGGUAUAGUCAUCGCCGUGGCUUUGGGCUGGAAGCUGGCUCUGGCUUGCACCGCGACGUUACCACUAGUCGUUGCGUGUGGCUGGGUGCGCCUACAGAUGCUGGCCAUAUUUGACGCACACACGCGGCAAAACGGCAUCGACGCCGCAUCCUACGCGGCCGAGAUUGUCAAGUCGGUCAGCACCGUGGCGAGUCUCGGCCUGGAGGAGUUUGUCCUGGGCCGCUACGACGGGUUCCUCGCCAAGCAGUCGGAAAAGUCGUUCCGGUCCAUCUUGUUGGCGUCGAGCCUGUACGCCGCGUCCCAGUCGGUCGUGUACCUUGCCAGUGCGCUGGCCUUUUGGUACGGCGGGACGCUGCUGCUCGAGGGAGAAUACUCAUUAUUUCAAAUCUAUGUUUGCUAUACCACGCUGAUAUCUGGCGCGCAGAUUGCCGGGUCCGUCUUUUCGUUUGCGCCCGAUGCGAGCAAGGCCAUACACGCCAGCUGGGAAAUUGACAGUAUUCUGAAAAUAGGAAAUAACUCCAUCUCGCGAGAAGAGACUGACGAGGAGAGGGACAAGAGUGCUGAAAAAUCGCCCAAACAUGUCGCCAAGUAUACCCACAUUGAGUUCCAAAAUGUCAGCUUCUCCUAUCCGACACGCAAGACGCGUCUUGCCCUGGAUAACUUUAGCCUCAAGAUUGGUUCAGGGCAAUUUGUCGCCUUGGUCGGCCCAAGCGGGUGCGGCAAGAGCACGGCCUUGUCACUUGUUGAGCGCUUCUACCGGCCAGACGCCGGCACGGUCUUGAUCGAGGGUCGAGAUCUCGCCUUGUGUGAUAUUGACGAGCACCGGAGAUCCAUCUCGCUCGUCAGCCAGGAAGCGGCCAUGUUUUCCACCUCCAUUAGAGAGAAUGUCGCCAUGGGGUUGCCGGGAGAGGAAGUUUCGGAUCAAGAUAUUUGGAAUGCUUGCCGACAGGCUAAUAUUGAAACAUUUAUCAAGUCACUCCCUGACGGUCUCUCCACCCUCGUCGGGCCCGGGGGGUGCAUGCUGAGCGGUGGUCAGAAACAACGGGUCGAGAUUGCGCGGGCCCUGCUGCGCGACCCGCGAAUCCUGCUCCUGGACGAGGCCACGUCGGCCCUCGACGCCGAGUCCGAGGCCGCGGUGCAGGAGGCGCUCGAGCUGGCGUCGAGACACCGGACCACUGUUGCCGUGGCGCACCGGCUCAGCACCAUCCGGAACGCCGACCUGAUUUGCGUCCUGGAUCGCGGCAGAAUUGUCGAGUCGGGCUCGCAUGAGGACUUGGUUAGGAAGAAGGGGAGGUAUGCGGCGCUCCUGGAGUUGCAAGAUUUGCGGUGA